CUCGGCAUGCCCACUCGCGAGGAGUACGCUACUGUGGAAGCGGAGUACCUGGCGUCGCUCGACUUCCGGAAGAAGGCGAAGGCGCUCAUCUCCAGGAAGAUGUUUGACAACAUCUGGCUCAUUCUCCACAACCCGAACGACAUCGGCAUCGAGACACCCCAGUUCCGCUGGUGGGUCCGGAAGAUGUUCAAGCUCGAGGCGCGCGCCGGCACAGACUUGCAGCACGAAGGCGAGUCCAAGGUCAAGAGCGGCUCCCCGAACGUUGUCAUCCACGACGGAAAACGCGUUGCAGUGAAGGAGGAUAUCUACGCCAUCCUCUGCUUUUGUCAUGACCGCAGCGGUCACGGCGGGAGGGACAGGACUGCCACCGAGAUCCGGAAGCACUACACUUGGGUUCCUAAGGAGCUCAUCGCAGGAUUCGUCAGGAACUGCCCGACAUGUAUCUGCAAGAAGACC